CUCAAUAGACAAUUUGAUUGGUAGAUCCCUGUUAGGCGACUGUCAUGGCUGGCCGAAUGGUUUACGUGACAUCAAAACAAGUAGUGGAAAGUUUGCAGACUUUGAAAUCAACAGUGAGAAUGAUGUGACAUUCGACUAGUUAUUUUCUAAACUUUCCUGAAGAAGCCUGGUAUUGGAAGGAUGAGUUGAAUUUGAACAACUGGAUAACCAUCAAGUGCCUUAUAACAGAACAAAUAAAUUAUGUGCUACUACUCUAUACAUUGCUGAAAUGUAAAAUUUUCUUAUUUGAAUUGAAAUCCCCUGUCUUCCAGUUAUUGAUUCAAAGAUUUAUCACCUCUAUUAAUUUAUGUCUGUCUUCAAUUUCCUGCAUUUGUGGACAAAUAUCAGAUGAGUGUUGAGUGCCUGUUAACUUACAAUAGUGGACAAACAUCAAAUUAGUGUUGAGACCCUGUUAACUCACAUUUGUAGACAAAUAUCAUAUUAGUGUUGAGACCCUGUUAACUCACAUUUGUUGACAAAUAUCAUAUUAGUGUUGAGACCCUCUUAACUCACAUUUGUGGACAGAUAUCAGAUUAGUGUUGAGACCCUGUUAACCCAAUGUUGUGCUUCUGAUUCGAAACUAAACAAAGACAAUAGAAUAACUAGUACUCUUAUUAAAAAAAAAAUUCUGAAGGUUUAUUAUGAUACAUACACAUGUACACAUUAAAAACAAAACGUUAUGAGAUUUUCAUAGCGUUACUUUACAAGUUUGGUGCUACAGUAUAUUUUCUUUAAUAUUUAAACAAAGAUAUUUUCUUAUGUAUUAUACAAUGUACAUUACACACAGUAAAAUUUCAUUCAUUUAUGUUAAUGCCCAGUAUGUAGAUAACUAUGGCAAUAUUUUAAGUGAGGAGAAGCUAAAUGACAUUUUGUAUGCAUGAUAUAUUUAUAUUUCAUGUUAUCUUCUAUCUUUUGUGCAACAUCCCAUAUCAUUUUACAGCUAAACACUGUAUUUGAUUCUUGUGUCUAUAGGAUAUUGUUUUUUUUUUUAUAUAUAUAUAUAGAUAUCCAAAUUCUAUGGGCUUUUUUGCAGACCGACAUAAUAACACAAAUUGUUGCGGUUCCUGUGGGAAAAACUCCGCAUAUGUUAGACAGUAAAUGAAAUAUGUUUCCCAAAGAACACACCUAACAAUAUUUCAUAUGUGCAGCAUAUUUUAAGAAAUACAUUUUUGAGGUGGUUUUUUUUUUUCACUGGUAUUUCAUUCAUAGGAAAUCGUUAAUUAAAUCAUAUAUGCACAUGGAUGUAUAAGACAACAGUUCAAAUCAAUAUGAUAGUUGAAUAAAGGAAGAAUUUAUUAACUAAAUUAUUUAAUAUCCAUCUUGUUUUUGGAGUGAAACACUAAGAAAUGGACAAAGUGUGCUGAGUUAUAAAUGUAUAAAUAAAUACGGAAUAGAUUGAAUCAUCAGAAUAGAUACAGACUGAGAAUUUUUGUAUAUUUUCGGAUUUAUUUAGAAGAAACUGUGAUUAAAUGUUUAUUGUAUUAUAUUAGUGAGUUACACACACAGCUAUCAAGAUGAAUGCAGAGUUAUUGGACUUGGGUGACCUUACGGAGGAGGAGAAACUGAUUAUAUUAAAAGUUAUAAAACGGGAUGAAGAUUUGCGCUGGGAAAAAACACAGCAAGUCAAUCAAAUGAAGAAUGACAUACACAAUUUACGAAUACAGAGUGUUUUACGCGAUGGUGAUGACCUAAAUAAAAUGUGUGCACGGUGUCAUGAACAGUUUGGAUAUAUCUUCAAUAGGGGAGAAGUUUGUCCACAGUGUAAAUUCCGUGUAUGUAAUGCAUGCCGGGAGGUAAAUCUUUCUGGAACAUGGUUGUGUACACUUUGCUUCAAACAAAUGCAAUUAAAGUUGUUAACAGGGGAAUGGAUGAAACCUGAGGAAGAGAAAAAAGACAAGAUAAAGUAUGUAGGUGAUAUUGUUAAAGCUUCAAUAAGAAAGAGUAUGACAUCGGAAGGACAAAUAAGUCAUGAGGAUGAUACCCAGGAUGUGACAUAUGGAAGUACAAACCAGAAAGGCAGUUUGCUAGGGGACAGCGAUGGAUCGCCUGUGUCAGGGCGAGCAUCUGGUGGUCGCAAUGAUCCUGAUCGGGCAGGGUAUCCGAAAGACUCAGACAACAAAAAACUGGAUCAGCUUUUUGAGUCCUUCCGAACAAAUACGGCAGAUACCGAUAAAAAUAAAAGUGUGACACAUGUUUCCUGUCGUAGACGACAUGACUCAGGUUCAUCUAGCUCAUCUUCCGAAGGUGUUGAUGGAAAGAAAGCUAAUUUGCCGAAAGGGCGUUCUGUUUGUGAUUCCAUUACAUCGUCAGAACCUGGACUAGCUUCUUCAAAACCCUCAUCAGAAACCGAAAGCGCCCUUAAUUCUCCAGUAUUGAAAUCAAAAGAUUUGAAAGACACCACUGUGCCUAAGCUUUCAAAUGGUAAUUUAUCGAAAGGUAAAAAUAAGAAACAAACUGGAGAUACUUAUUCAACUUCGUCUGAGAAAGACAAAUUUUCUUCUACAGAAAGCGCUCAAAAUUCAAGACAACACAAUAAACAAGACAAUCAAACCCCAGUUUCACGUCCAGCCAGUGCCUCUCCGAGAAGAAAUGUUGUUUUAUCGCCAGAGCAUAUGAACAUCCACAGUCGGAAAAGUUCUGGCCAAUCAGAUACAUCUAGUGUAUCAUCGGCAAGGACAGCUUCCCCUGCAACAAAAAUGAGACUUCUGGAUUUAGCCAGUAGUCGUGCUUUAGAGCGAGAUACAUCUGACGUUGAUGACAGGAACUCCCGCAGCGGACAAGAAGGAAGUGACACUGAUGAAAUUCAUAGCGGACAUUACAAAAAACGAAGAAAUAAACAUCCAAAUUCUGGAAAAUUAUCAGUAACAACUGAAGGCGUUUCAGACGAGGGCACUUCUUCUGAUAAUACGCCAGAGCAUCGAGCGUCACGUCAAAGUCGUUUGUCAAUCCCAUCACUUGUGCUGACAUCUGCUGAUGAUAAAGCAGAUGAUGACAACGAUGAUAAUAUUGAUGAUUUAGUAGCCUCACAUCGAUCAGGCGCAUCAUCAGCACGCAGCAGUACUCGGGGACCAUUUUCAUUGUUUAGUGAUAGUCGAGAGAGUAUAUUAAGUAUAUAUAGUGAUGCUGGUGAGAUAAACUAUGGUAAGAUACCAGUCAGUGGGGAAGUAUUAUUAGGUGUAGAUUAUAAUUAUAAAACAGGUGCUCUCGAGAUAUAUGUUAAACAGUGUAAAGACCUGGCACCAGUUGACACCAAGAAAAAUAAAUCAGACCCCUAUAUAAAAACAUAUUUACUGCCUGAUAAAACAAGAAGUGGAAAAAGAAAAACCAAAAUUAAAAAACAUACUUUAAACCCAACAUUUGAUGAGGUUUUACGGUAUAAUGUUAGUAAAAGUGAAGUAGAAAAUAGAAUAUUAUGGCUAACUGUGUGGAAUAAUGAUAAAUUUGGUAGAAAUGAUUUCCUUGGGGAAGUUAUGUUAUCGUUAGACUGUUAUUCUUUCGGUGAUCCUACGCCUAAAUGGUAUUUAUUACAAGAACGAUUAGAGGAACCACAAGUAGGGUCUUUAAUGCCUUACAAGGGAGAUUUAGUUUUAUCAAUAAAAUAUGUCACACCAGAUCAACUAGAAAAAGAAUCGUCCAAAAAACUUAAAACCAAAAAGACUAAACACCAGAAAGGAGCAUUACAAGUUAUGGUAAAAGAAGCUAGGAACUUAACAGCCAUAAGAUCAAAUGGAACAUCUGACCCUUUCUGUAAAGGGUAUUUACUACCUGAUAAACAUAAAUCUGGUAAGCAAAAGACUCCUGUUGUAAAGAAGAAUUGUUCACCAGUUUGGAAUUAUUUAUUUGUAUUCGAUGAUGUGUUACUGGAUGACCUUCCUGAACGUAGUCUUGAACUUACAAUAUGGGAUCAUGAUACUCUAUCCAGUAAUGAUUUCUUAGGGGGAAUUAGAUUUAACCUAGGCAUGGGUAUACAUGAGGGUAAACCAGUAGAAUGGAUGGAUGGUCGUGGUGAGGAAAUAGCUAUAUGGCAGUGUAUGUUAGAUAGACCCAACACAUGGAUUGAUGCCUGUGUAAAUUUACGUGCUAGUAUGGGCAAGAGUGGUGGGAAAAAAUGAUCUUGAUGGGACAAAAAAUAGACAGCCAUUAUAACUGGGAUUAGUCCGGUUUAGACUUAAGGGUGCCCUUACAAAGUGUGUAGAUUUAAAACUGUAGUUGUUGAAUAUUAAGAUAUGUAAAAUGAAAAGAUAUCAUAAUUUAGAACUAGAGUGGAUUGGACUAAUGUUAAAUGAAUUUUGUUUAUGUGUCUGCGAAGAAGAGUGAUAUUCACAGAGGGGAAAUGGCAUUAAAAUGUGACUCGAUUUCAGACUGUGUCUAUGUUGAUGGGUUGAUUCAAAUUUAUGCAAUUUAGUUAGUUUAUAGACAUCGAACAACAUUAAAGUUAAAGAAUAGGGUUAUAGUAUGGAACUUGUGACUUGAAAUAUGCACGAUACUAGUAGAACAAAAAGGGAUUCAAAUAAUAUAUAGAUUAUGUUAGUAUUUUAGGAAAUGUUUAAUCUGUAAUAUUUAUGUGAAAUUAAAUGAAAAAAGUUAAAAUUUAUCUGUGUUUCAAUGACAUGAAAACAUAAUGUUUGGAACAUUGUCUGAUUCAAAUAAAUUUAAUUCAUUAGAAAUAUAGUAAUUAGUAAUUACUAAGGGCAGGUUUAAACCUCACCCCUUCUUUGCAAUGUUUAUGAAAUCUGCAUUAUUUAAUAUAAUCAGUGACAAUUGCUUUGUGUUAUGUAUAUAUAAUCUUUUAUGUGUACUAUUUGAACAUUCCAUUAUAAGUGAUUUCUUCUUCUUUUU